AUGUCUAAUAAUCAGAACAACUUAAAUAAUAAUGAAACCGGUAACCAUAAUGUCGAUAAUGUUCAAGAAGAUACCUUGGAAGACUUCGACUCAAACACUUGGAUUGCCCCCAGUGAAAUGCAACAGUUACCCACAAAAAUAUACAAAGGGAAUUUACUUACUCCAACACUCGUUUAUGCUUCAAAACUUGAAGAUACUACCUCUGAGCAGUUUCAGGCAUGGGUACAAUUGGAACAGACUGUCCUCAAUACUAGAGAUGCAAUCCGGAUGAAAUUUUACAAUCCGUGA